CAAGGAGAUCGAACGGAGCGGCAUUGCGACAUUCGAGACAAGGCUGGUGGCGCAAGGCGUAGCGGCAUCGUGCGGCUGGGGGUGAGGCGAGAAAGCAGAAAGCAUCCUCCAUGCUCGUAUAAAAUUGGUCAUAUGACUACCACCUCUGUGAUCCAGCAGGAGUUCUAAUAUCUGGCAGCUUUACCACCUCUGAGAUCCAACAGGAGUCCUAAUAUCUGGCAGUCCUAAUAUUUUAGGGGGCCAGCACAGGCCCCCUAAAACUAAUACCAACAAACAUAUCCAAAGGUAAAAAGAUAAACUUUUUAUUUAUAGUUUGGGGCAUAAGAGAUCUGCUUUUGAAGAAGUAGUUUUUGGGUGAGAACUGCAUCCUUAAAAAACCAACAGAGGAUUAAAACGGCCCUGGACUGUUCCACAAUUUGGUGAUUCAAAAAGAACUACCCCCUACAAGGAAAAUGGCCUAAGCCUCUAAGAUAGAGAGGGGAAGAUGUAUAAGGCUUUUGUUCAGCAUACAUAUUCUUGAAAGCCUAAAAUUGGAUGGACAGUUCUGUUAUUUAGUGCUUUCUGGCUUUAAUAUCAUGUCUCUAGUUUUCUCAUUCACAGGGUAAGGCUACUUUUCCAGAUAGUUCAGCCUCUGAGUCACCAGUUUCCAAGGGCAUUUGCAUCACCUAUGGCAAACAUCGGAUCCUUGCACACCAGAUGUCCUUGACAACUCAUCCCAUCAUACCCACUGCACAGAAGUUGCUCCAUCAGCAGACACCCUGGCAACUACUGAGCUUUUUCCCACAAAAUAGAUACAGAAUCACUGCCAACAAAACAGUGUAUAAGCGUCUCUUCACAGUAUCACUACCGGUUGAAACUGAGAGAAUCAGUGGGCCUAGAUGAGGACCCUUCUCUUCUUGGGUAGCCAGGUUUGAAGGAGAUAUUCUGUGACCUGUGCCACUGGUAAGUCACUAACACUUUUACACACUGAACUGAUCCUGAGGACUAAAAUGUCUUUGUAAGUGAAGAAUACACAACAUAAUCUUGAAGAAUUGUACAGUGGUGUGGGCCAAAGGCUUUACUUUGUGUAACAGACUGAGAGACAGACAAAUUAAUCUUGAUGAAAAGAUUUUUGAUUCAUAUUUCUAUUUAUGUUAGUCAGUUUCUGCUGACUUAGAUUGUUACCUUUUUCUGGUUCCUUACUCUGCUUUAUUCUAAUGGGUCCCAGAAAUCCCUCUCCUGACCGCUUAACAGAAUCAGAGAGUGGGGAAGAAGAAAGCAUUAGCUACCUAAAUGAGAGUUCUGGGGAAGAGUGGGAUUCCUCUGAAGAAGAGGACCCCAUGAUACCCAACCUAACACCUCUGGAGAGUCUUGCCUGGCAGGUUAAGUGCCUUCUGAAAUAUUCUACAACUUGGAAACCUUUAAAUCCUAAUUCCUGGUUAUAUCAUGCUAAACUUUUGGAUCCAAGCACUCCAGUCCAUAUACUUCGAGAGAUAGGUCUAAGACUCUCCCAUUGUUCCCAUUGUGUCCCCAAACUGGAACCAAUUCCUGAAUGGCCCCCUCUGGCCUCUUGUGGAGUUCCUCCUUUUCAAAAGCCCCUCACAAGUCCCAGCCGACUCUCUAGACAUCAUGCCACUCUAAAUGGAGCACUGCAAUUUGCCACCAGACAGUUAAGCCGAACAUUGAGUAGAGCCACUCCCAUACCUGAAUACUUAAAACAGAUCCCUAAUUCUUGUGUUUCUGGUUGUUGCUGUGGCUGGCUAACUAAAACAGUUAAGGAAACAACCCGUACUGAACCCAUCAACACUACUUACUCCUAUACUGACUUCCAAAAGGCAGUUAACAAACUCCUAACUGCAUCACUGUAAAGGUCAGCAUUUGUCCUGAUAUCCCUGAUGUUUCUAUUUAAGAAAAGAAUACAGAAUCAAUCACUACCCAGCCUACAGUUGAGAAACCCAUACCUUCUCAACCAAAUUAUGCCAUGUCUUGACAAGCUAAAGUACUACAAAGUACUGAAUUGCCCAAGAGUUCUAUAAUCCACCUGUAGGAAGUGUAGAUUGUAAAUAUGCCUUCCGACAGACCCUGUGGAUAAAAUGAGAACUUUAAUGAAGAAAUUAAUCAGAAGAUACCAUUAAAAGAUAAGUUGCAUAUUCUCCAUACUCAGUAUUUACCCCACCCCAAUUUAUACGAUCUAUCUAAAUCUACUUUAUCUAGUUACCUGAUAAUUAAUGGGAAGGGAAAAUACGCCAUUACCCCUUUUGUUACUUAACCAUCAUAACAGCCUUGAAAAGGUGUGACACAAACAUCAGAAAACCAGGAUUUGACUACCCACAAUAAAACCUUUGUUGAACAUGGUGGUCUUUGCAGACUAUUAUUUCUAGGAAUAUAGUUGAACUGAACUUAAUAACUGCAAAAAGGGAAAAUGUGAGAAUAUGGACUUCUCUCCCAGCUUUUAUACAGAUGUACCUACACCUAUACCCAUCAGGAGUUCCUGUUUUUUGUGGGGAGUGCAGUUUCAGACCUUUUCUGCCCUAUUCCAAACACCUUAUGAUGCCUUGCAAAUACAGCAUGGACAUUCUAAACCAUAAGCUCCCACCAGGCUGUCUGGCUAAACUGACCGUGAAGACCACUCCCUGGGUUUAAACAAACUCUUGUUUAUCAGGAAUAUGCUUCCUGAAUCUUAGCACCAAGACUUUUGUCAAUAGCAAAUAAAAUACAUUCCAAAAGCUGAAGGAUUAAGGCAGAACGUAUGUUUUCAGUAUUAACUGCCAAGGAUUGAAAUAUUUCAUCUUUAUAACUUUUCCUGGAGCAUGGGAUUUUAUACACCCUAUCUACUUCAAACAGUUUAGGAGCCUUCUAAUUUUAUGGAACCUUCCUAUAGAAAAUCUCAUCCCAGCACAUCUAAAUUUAAGAGUUUUAUUAGCAGCUUUGUUUUUCUAAGUAGAUGUAGCUUUAGAUUUUCUUAGAGCUGAACAAGGAAGAGUAUGUGCCCCUGUAAAUGAGGUUUGCUGUGUUUAUUUAAAUGAGUCAAAAAGUAGAAAUUGACAUGUAUAAAAUGCAUGAGACUGUUAAGUCUUUUCACAUACCCUACAAAAAAGAGCAAAACCUAUGUGUAAUCCUGGAUAACUGAGCAUUUAGAGGGAGUCAGAAAACAGAUGGUUAAAAAUAUGUCAUAUACCCUCUUUAUUUUAGUUUUUUUUCCUAUUCUCCAUAAUAGUUGUGUUCAAGGUGGAUUCCAAAAAUUGACGCAUCAAUGGAAUCACAAAUUCUGUAAAUGUGUAAGUUUAAGGAGAGUGAAGAGUGCUUAUAACCUUAUGAGUAUUUAUACUGAGCCUUAGCUGUCCUGUUUUAAGGAAAAGGGGGGAAUUGGUAGUAGGAAUUACUGACCUGAAACCAUAGCACACUGUUAGUGUAACUGAAUGUGUAGGAAACUGCUCUAUGUGGAUGUGUAAAAUUAGAUUUCAAAAUGUUGCAAGAACAUGUUUGGUUUUGUUUUUUUUUUUAAGGGGAAGGGGUGGGAAGAAGUAGGAAAGAAGUCUGGAAAUUACAAUAUAUUGAUGUUUAUGUAUCCAUAGUAUGUUUCUUUUUCUCUGUGUGUGUAUAAAAGUGCCUUGCUCAUGAAUGCAUUUUUGCUACUGACUCUGAAAGGAAGCUUUUCCCUAGCUUGGCAGCUGAAUAAACCAGUAGCUUUCUACAUGCUGAACAGAGUAUGGUCAUUUGUCCUCAACAAAGGAAAUACAGCCUUCUUUACUUAAAGCAUAUUCAACAUUCACUAAGUACUGAAUGCAGUUAAUAGAUAAACUAUCUGUGUCUAUAUGGUAUCUGUGAGGUAUAUAGUAUCUAAGUAAUCCCCAGUCCCACAGAAUCCCUGGAUAAGCCUUAAAUUUCUGCUGCUUUUUGCAUGCUACAGACUUGGGGU